UGUACACGAUGACCAGCCUCUGGCUGCUUUGGAGUUGUUAAAAUCUUUAUGAAACUUACCGCUGAAGAUGAGGUGGAAGGAUUUGGUGUUUGUUAUUAUAUUGAUGAUCUCGGGAGAAAUCUGUGCAGAAGAGAAACACUGUGAUUUUCCAACUGUGGAACAUGGAAGGAUCGCCCAAUAUUAUUACACUUUCAAAACCUUUUACUUUCCCAUGAGCCUAGGCAAAAAGUUGGCUUUCUUCUGCUUGGCUGGCUAUACAACUGAGGAUGGAAAGCAAGAAGCGAGAACCAGGUGUACAGCCGAAGGCUGGGCGCCGCCGCCCAGGUGCUUGCGAAAAUGCACUAAGCCUGACCUGAAAAAUGGUUACAUUUCUGAUGUGAAAGUCUUGUACAAAAUUCAAGAGGCUAUGCGUUAUGGCUGUGCUUCAGGAUACAAAACCACGAGCGGGAAGGACGAAGAAGAGGUUCAGUGUCUUGUUGAUGGAUGGUCUUCUCCACCAAGCUGCAGGAAGGAGCACGAAACGUGUUUGGCCCCUGAACUGCACAAUGGAAAUUAUUCCACAGCACAGAGAACAUUCAACGUGAAGGACAAAGUGCAGUAUGAAUGCGCUGCGGGCUUCUACACGGCCGGAGGGAAACAGGCCGAGGAGGUGGAAUGUCUCUCCCACGGAUGGGCCCAAACCCCGCAGUGCACUCGAUUAACAUGCUCCUCUCUAAGAUUAAUAGAAAAUGGCUAUUUUCAUCCCGUGAAGCAAACCUAUGAGGAAGGAGAUGUAGUUCAGUUUUUCUGUCAUGAAAACUACUAUCUAAGUGGAUCUGAUUUAAUUCAGUGCUAUGCAUUUGGCUGGUACCCAGAAUCUCCUGUAUGUGAAGGAAGAAGAAAUCGAUGUCCCCCUCCGCCCGUGCCUCUCAAUUCCAAAACCCAGACGUUCUCCACGACCUACCGCCAUGGAGAAGUCGUUCACGUCGAGUGCGAGCUCGGCUUUGAGAUGCGGGGGUCGGGAGACCUGCGCUGCGAGCACGGCAAGUGGACGGAGCCCCCGACGUGUGCUGAGGAGGAGCGGGUGGCGUGCGGGGAGCCGCCGGUGGUGGAGAAUGGCGGCGCGGCGAGCCCGCGUGCCGGGCCCUACGCCAGCGGGGACCGAGUGGCGAUCCGGUGCGAGCGCGGCUUCCACCUGCGCGGGCCCGCGGACGUGACCUGCCGCCGGGGGCAGUGGACGGCCCCGCCGGAGUGUGUCGAGCACACUGAGAGCUGCAGGCCUCCGCCGGGGGUCGCGCACGGGGCGGUGGUGGGUGAGGUGCUGGCCAGUUACCCGCCCGGGGCCUCGGUGGAGUACCGGUGCGAGGAGUACUACCUCCUGAGCGGGAUCGAGACCUCCCACUGCGAGCUGGGCGCGUGGACCUCGCCCCCCGUGUGCUUGGAGCCCUGCACCGUGGAUGCGGACAACAUGACCAGGAACAACAUCGAGAUGAAGUGGAAGUACGAGGGGAAAAUCCUGCACGGAGACUGGAUAGACUUCGUGUGCCGGCCGGGCUACGGCCUGUCUCCAUCCAGCACGCCGUCCGAGCUCUCGGUGCAGUGCCGCAGGGGGCAGCUGAGCUACCCUUUCUGCGUUAGGAAAGAAUCUAAAGGAAGAUGUGCAUCUCCUCCACUUAUUAAAAAUGGAGUCAUUAUUAGUUCAACUGUAAACACUUACGAAAAUGGUUCCUCCGUAGAAUACAGAUGCUUUGAACACCACUUCCUGCAAGGACCGAACGAGGCCCGCUGUGUGGAGGGAGCAUGGACCACUCCUCCGCUGUGCUUAGAGCCUUGCACGUUAUCUUUUGAUGAAAUGGAAAAGAAUAAUCUACUCUUGAAAUGGGAUUUUGACAACAGACCGUUCAUUUUCCACGGCGAGUACAUUGAGUUUCUCUGUAGGAGAGACACCUUCAUCGCCCAGGCAUCCGUCAUCGGGUCGGAAGUGAGGGUGCAGUGUACCCGAGGGCAGCUGCGGUAUCCGAGGUGUGUGGAGAGAGAGAGGAUUCUCUCUUAUCAACAACCCUUAACGACAUAACAAUGAAUGCCAGCAAGAAGAACAGUAUGUCAACACAUCAUAAAAUCCUUUGUAAAAUGACUUUCAGUUAAAACACUUACAUUUUCACUUGUUUGAAGAUUUGAAUCCCAAUUUCUGUGCUCUGCAUUUUCUUUAUUUAUAAAUAAACUCCAAAUACUUCAUUUC